UCAACUAAAUCCUGCCGCUUGCCUUAGCUUGCAGGUAAGUGCAGGUCAAGGCUGGCAGCAUAUAAAAUAGAGCUGUCGCCAGGGAAUAAUCACACAUUCAGUCAGAGAUCGUCAUGGCAGCAACAUCAUCAGCAUCAACCUCCGCCGCAGUCUCCAGCCCAGUUCCCGCCUCGGCUAAGGCUUCGCCUGCAACCGCCUACGCUUUGUUCAUGCAUCGCGCUGAAUUGCAACGGAAGCGCGCUCAGUUUGCUCGUGUCUCGCAGACAAAGAUUCAACUGACAGCACAUCUGAUUAACAAGUUGAAGCAACGCAUGGCCAGCUGCAGCUACGAGGAUCUUCAGUGCCUAGUCAGAGAGCAGGAGUUCAAGCGUAAUCUGGAGAAGAAGCUACAUCAUCGUCACAAACAGCUGAAGGCUAUUGCCAAAGCACAGAAAACACAGAAGCUGAAGCGACUACAAUAAUCUACUCAAUGGAAGGACUCUCGCUCAUUAAUUAAUCAUAGUUUUUAGUUCUAAGCUCAUUAAUUCAUUUUAGAUUAACUUUAAUGUUGAGUAGCAAUGUUUCAUAGCUUAGCUCAACAAAUGACAUAUUUAUUGCCUUUUUGCAAAAAGGCAAUGGAAAUUUAAUUUCAUAUGCAAAAUAUGUUUUGCGUACUCUUCUGCAGGGAAACAUAAACUGACUA